AUGGCAGGGUUGGGGGGGGAGUUGGGGUCGGGUGAAAGGAGUAUGGACGAAGGGGGACGCACGGAGGCUAACUUUCGAAGGAAGAGGGGACUAAGUCAGGGUAGCGGGUCAGAAGACGCGAGUGAGCGAGUGGUGAGGAGGAAAAUAGAUCAGGAAGGGUUUAAAGUGCUGGUAAAGUUCAAAGAGGGCCAUGAUAUUAAGUCAGUGGGGCCUGUUGCUCUCACUAAGUAUCUGCGGGAGAAAGUGGGUGAGGGGUGCGAGAGAAGUGCGUCAAUUCUGGGGGAGCGCACAGUGUUGGGUACAGGGAGUGUGAAGCCAGGAAGAGAGCAGCUGAAAUUCAGCAUGUUAGGGCCGAAGGAAAGGUCUCGUAUGCUGAGGCAGUUAAGAGGGUGCAAGCAGAGUCAAAUUUUGAGAGACAGCCAGCAAGAGGCGGAAAGCCCUCAGAUGGUGAUGGAGAAAUCCUGA